AUGGACAAGAGCGAGGCUCACAUGAAAAAGAAACCUGUAAAACUGGACUCACCGUCUCCAUCGGGAGAUGGUCUGAACUCCACCUACUCAGAGGUGAACUUUCGAAGAGACGAUCCCCUCAUCGAUGAGGACGAGGAUCCUCCCAUUGCCUCAGGACCAGGAGGGAUGCCAACUACUAUACAAACAGCUGCGCAUGAACAGCGGUCGAAAGUGAGGAUCGGAAAUAGACCGUGCCGUCUGAUCUGCCUACUCUGCCUGGUUACAUCCGCCCUCAUCGUGAUAGUGGUCUGUCUCUCGAUCCAUGGAAUGCACAGCGAUCUCCGUCACCAGUUCACUGAGAUGGAAACGAAGUACAGAUCUAUCAACGAAACCAAGGCUGAAAUCUGUGAAUUGUUGGCCAGCGGAAGAGAGAAAACCUGUUCCAAGGAGUGGUUCUCAAAUACAGACAGGCGUUAUUACGUAUCCAAAUAUGCAACAACUUUCCCCAGAGCGAUGCAAGAAUGUUCAAACAUUAACUUCAGGCUGGUCGAAGUCAAUUCAACGGAUGAAACGAACGUUGCUUACUGGGUUGGAAAAUGCGCGAACGGGAAUGAUGUGCAUGGUCUGCUGUACAACGUGGCCUCCGGAAGGUCCUCCUGUAGUGAAUGUAAAUCGAGCAGAAGUGCUGACAAUUGCAUUAAUGAUGAACACCAUUUCAUCUGCGAGAAGUCCGCCCCCUGCUGCCCGGAUAUUCCUGAAAAGAUCCAGGUUCUCUGUCAACAGCCCGGAGAGCCGACUUGA